CCGAUCCCACUCCCGGCUUCGGCCACCAAGCCCAAGCGGGCCAGGGCGGCGCGGCGGCCAGCAGCCCACCCCACCUACUCGGAUAUGAUCACGGCAGCCAUCCGGGCAGACAAGAGCCGCGGUGGGUCAUCCCGCCAGUCCAUCCAGAAGUACGUGAAGAGCCACUACAAGGUGGGCCAGCACGCUGACGUCCAGAUCAGGCUCGCCAUCCGGCGCCUGCUCCGCGCUGGAGUCCUCAAGCAGACCAAAGGUGUCGGUGCCUCCGGCUCCUUCCGCCUGGCUAAGGCCAGCAAGGCGAAGAGGUCCCCGUCCAAGAAGAGAAAGAAGGCGGCCAGGAGAUCCACAUCACCCCGGAAAGCGGCUAAGUCCAGGAGAGCCAAGUCACCGGUAAAGAAGCCCAAAUCUGCUGCCAGGAAAGCCAGGAAGAAGUCGAGGUCCAGCCCGAAGAAAGCCAAGAAGCCAAAGACUGUUAAGGCGAAGUCGCUGAAGGCGUCCAAACCUAAGAAGGCAAAGCGGUCGAAAUCCAGAGCCAAGUCCAGCGCCCGGAAAUCGCCCAAGAAGAAGUGAGAAGUCUAGAGGCGUUUCGGUACUCUCCCCAUUGGUUCUGUAAAUAGCUGUUGCCUU